AUGGCGGGGAAGGGUGGGAAAGGGCUUGUGGCGGGGAAGACCACGGCGAACAAGGACAAGGACAAGAAGAAGCCCACCUCUCGUUCGUCCCGCGCUGGCCUCCAGGUGCGAGAACCCGGGGGAAUCGUCGCCCUCUACUAUGGCAUCUUUCACGAUGUUUUCUGAUCUCGUAUGAAACGGACAACCCCUCGUCUCAUUUCCAUCUGAGGCCUGCUCGUCAGAUCCUUUUUAGCCCCUGGUGAUGAUUUUCAUGAACUGAUCCGAGCUAAGAACGACUAUGUCCCAUAGUAACGCCCAGCUCCAUUCAUAUUCCGUGCAAUCUUUAAAUCUAGACAUCUCUUGUGUGGUGCAUUCCGUCGAUUUGUAAUCGGAAAGUCGUCGGUCCUCCUGUUUAGCUUUCCAUGGAACUUCUUGUGAUUCCUCUACUCGCUUCCCGCGGAUCUUCACUGGUUUGCGUGGAUUAAUGGUGAGAUUAGCCGAAAUCAGAGGCGGUGGUGGGUCGUUCACCCUCACAACCGGAAACCAAGUGCGUUUGUUGGUCUUUCCGUGAAUCUUCUCAGGAUUUUGGUUUCACUUUCCUCAUUUGACACCCUGAUUGAAUGAAAAAAAAAGAAAAAACUGAGUUGACGGUGGAUUUGGGCUUGCAACUGCUGCCAGUUUCCGGUGGGGAGAAUCCACAGGCAGCUGAAGUCGAGGAUCGCGGCCAACGGGCGGGUUGGAGCCACGGCAGCGGUGUACUCUGCGGCGAUCUUGGAGUACCUCACAGCCGAAGUUCUGGAGCUGGCGGGCAACGCGAGCAAGGACUUGAAGGUGAAGCGCAUAACUCCUCGGCACCUGCAACUCGCCAUCCGGGGAGAUGAGGAGCUCGACACCCUCAUCAAGGGCACCAUUGCCGGGGGCGGUGUCAUUCCCCACAUCCACAAGUCCCUAAUCAACAAGUCCUCCAAGGACUAG